AACUUGUAAACAAAAACUUAUUCCUUUGAGAAGUUUUUUUCGUGUUUCUUUAUAAGUCAGUGAAAUUCACCAGUUUCUUACGAGGCUCUAUCAGAAGGGACUCGCUUUUAAGUAGCUGAACGGGAAUUAGCAUCGCUGCGCCCUUCAAGUGGCACGGGAAUUAAAUUUGGCGCCAGAUAAUCAAGCUAGGACCAACCCGUUGCCACUGCGCGCGGAACAGUCAGACUAAGCCCGCGAAAAUUCAAAAUAACGAAAGGAGCUCGUGGCGUCAGCUCGUCUUUUCCGUCUUCAGAGAGGAAUCCCCUACUGUCUUUUAAAAGGGGAAGCCACCGACAUCCGUUUCAAUUAAGGAGGGUAGUUACGAGAGACAUAUUCCACGGAAAUCAUCAGAGGAACAAUGGACCGGGAUUUCGACAUAUAGAUUUUCCGAUUUUUGCGAUAUUUUAGAAAUAUUUACAUUUAUUCACUGAUGUGGCAAACAUGCACGGUUGGGGUCGUAAAUUCCUUCCUCCCUUGAGGGGUAGCCAAAUUGCCAGUAUAAAAAGCAAUUCCGAGUAUACGUCAAACGAGCGAAAUUUCCAUGUGGCAACAGUGUAGAUAGUGGUGAUAGUGACGAAUUUGUGAUCAAGAAUUUGUGAUUCAAAAUGAAAAGGACGGAUUGGAGCCGAAUUACUGACGUAAGUACAGCUUUUUCUCGUGGAAAUGCUCCACAUGUUCCUGUCUAAAGAUAUAUGCUUAAUUCCUAUUUUUCAGAACAACAAAUCUUAUUGACACUCCUCAACCCCAACCGGAUUCACAGGACACAUGGCUCAACUCAUACCAUGCGGGAACUUUUUGUUUCUUCACCAAAGCACUUGAUGAUCUCAUCUUCAAUGACUUAAUUAUACUGUGGAGAAAACAUUUUGAAAGAAACAUGACUCACUUUCUGGGAUUGAAAUUUUCCAAGUUCAUGCACCGAUAUCUAAGAAUCAGUCAUUCGCAUUGUAAACCCCGAUGGACGGCCUUGACAUUGCAUUUCCCUCAUGUUGCGUUUUAAAAUCGUUCAGUGGAGGAGUUUUCAACAUCCAUUUCCCUCAUCAGCGAUGCCGUGUACUGCGGAUAGCUGAAGUGAUCUUGACUUAACUUUACCUAAUGGUUCUGGUCAAUUUUCACAGAAAUGUUGACUCAUGUAAGGGUUAGGUUCUGGUAUGGGGAGGAUGCUUAACAUGAAUUUGAUCGUUCCAGACAAAGAAAAGUAUAGUCGAUAGUGAACACUCAGUCAAUACUGUUGUGAAUUGGGAAUCUUCUCAAGGCCCUGGUUUGUUAAUCCUGUAGCAAAAGAACAGAUAAAAGAAGCCGUGUGAGUGGUAGGAACUUGUCAGGUAACUUGGUAACAUGCCUAGCCUCUCCUAAAAAUGAAUUUACUCUCUCACCUGACAAGUGGAAAGUUCAUGUUAAACCUUUUUAGCAUAUCAUUUUUUUUUUUGACGUAAGUUUAAUGAAACUUUAUUAUUUAUGAAGACCGAUCCAUCAAGAAUGAAACUUCAGCAGUUGAAAUUCUCAGCAUGGAGUCACUCCACCAUGGCUAUGUCUUCUCUAACUGCAAUUCGAAAGAUUUCAUCUCAAAGCUGUGAUAUGGUCGUUCUGAAGGCGGUCUAGCUGCCUCCCUAACAUCAAUCCUUUCAGAGUUAUUAAAUGGCUAAACUUACUUUAAAGCCACCCUCAUAUAUACAUUGUUUUCUUUCUUCUCUGUGGAACAGGACAACCGCGAAAUGGAUUCAUUCAUCAACCAGACCACCAUUUUGGCCCGGUCAAUGGGGCCGCCUCAGCCGCCCCCGAAUAUCGCAGCGGCAGCGCUGCAUGUAUCUGGCAGUGUGGAGGAAGCGGCUACAGUCCUAAACUCCUUCAAAAAAAAAACAUUGGACGCAAUCAAAUUAAAUGACCUCAAAAUUGAGAAACAGAAGAUGGAAAAAAGGAUUAGAGAUGAACAGAGGCAGAAAAGGUUAUUGGAGUAUGAGAAUAGCAGACUUGAUGAGAAACGAAAGAUGGAGAAAGAUUUAAGAAGAACGAAACACAAGGAAGAGAGAGAAAAGGCAAAUUACAGAUACAAAAAAUACAAAGAAAGAAGACAUAAUAAGGAAGAGAAAAGAGAAAGUUACCGGCGGAAGAAAAACAAAGAAAGGAAGACACGCAAAGAAGAAGAAGAAGAAGAAACUUACAGACGGAAGAGAGAUGAAGAAAGGAAGACACGCAAAGAAGAAGAAGAAAAAGAACGUAACAGACGGAACAGACACAAAGAAAGGAAGACACGCAAAGAAGAAGAAGAAAAAGAACGUUACAGACGGAAGAGAGGCGAAGAAAGAAGACAGGCAGAACAGGAUAAGAGAACUGAGAGAGGUUCCAGGACCCCUCCAACCUCACAGCAAGAAGGAACACCAAAAACACCCCCACGUAUCAUAGAUUCAGGUUCCAGGACCCCUCCAACCUCACAGCAAGAAGGAACACCAAAAACACCCCCACAUAUCAUAGAUAACCUAACUAUUUCCUCAAGUGAAAAGGAAAACAAUGAUCACACUGGAUUCGAAGGACCUAUUGAUUACACUGGGCGCGGUAGUUCGUGCGAUUUUCCCAAUUAGUAGGUUGGUGCACACGUCAGACAGAAGACAAAGUACCUGUCUACAAUUUACAUUUUUUCUUCACUUUUUCUUUUUAUAACUUUAGUUGUUUUUUUUUAAGGUUUAAUAACCGAAUAUAAGAUGAUAAAUUCUUGAUUAAACACUUUUUUGGAUUAAACAA